AUGGCGAGAGAUAGCUGUCUGGCUCGUAUUACGGCGGGCUUCGCCGUUGGCGGUGCAGUCGGCGGCGCCGUAGGUGCUGUUUAUGGAACUUACGAGGCUGUAAGAUACAAGGUUCCAGGCCUUCUAAAAGUGCGUUAUAUUGGCCAAACAACGCUAGGUAGUGCGGCUGUUUUUGGACUUUUCCUUGGAGCUGGAAGCUUGAUACAUUGCGGGAAAUCUUACUAG